GUUUCUCAUUCGUCAAUGCCAACAUGUUCGCCUUUCCUAUUGGCCAGUCUUGGCUGCCUGUCAAACCAGACUCCACCUUUCCGCUGCGUCGGAAUCAAUGGGACUCAAAAUAGCAGAAACAAAUCUUCCGAAAAGAAAGUUCAUGUGGGACGUUUUCAAAAGAGCUUCGAGGACCACAUGAAGUCCAAGCUGAACAUGGAGAGUUUGACCAAGCCGGAGUUGCUUAUGCUCUUCAGCAUCCUGGAAGGAGAGCUGGAAGCGAGAGACAUGGUCAUUGAUACGCUCAAGGCUCAGCGGAAAGACCUCUUCAUGCAGGAGCGCUACGGCAGGUACGACCUCAGCGACCCCUUCCUGGCCCUGCAGAGGGACGGCGAGACGGUGGGGUCCCGAGAGGGCAAGGACCAAGGCUGCACCCCGGCCACCUCCAACCCCCUGGUGGUGCUGAAGCUGGUAGUGAGCCACUGCAGGAGGAUGCAGGAGAAGAUGCUGACUCAGCUGGCUGCGGCCGAGAACCGCCACAGGAUGGUCAUUGCGGACCUGGAGGAGGAGAAGAGGAAGCACGCCGAGGACACGGCCGAGGGCGACGACGUCACCUACAUCUUGGAGAAGGAACGGGAGCGCUUGCAGCAGCAGCUGGAGUUCGAGCGUGGCCAGGUGCGGCGGCUGGAGAAGGAGCAGCGGCGAAUGAGCGAUCAGCUGGAAGAGGAACGAGCGCAGCACAAACAGCUGUCGUGCGCCUUGGCCAAAGAGUGCAAGUGGGCCAGCAACAGAGCCCUGGAGGAGGGACACCGGGUCGCAGAGCUGGGCCGCAAGCUCGACAAAGAGAGGGAGGCGUGUCAGGCCCUGAGGAAGGAGCUGGAGGAGGAGCAGAGGAGAGCUCUGAGGAUGGAGGCCCGCGUGGAGGAGCAGCUGGCCGAGUUUGACACAGAGAGAGAGCAGCUACGCUCCAAACUCAAGAAGGAGGAGGCUAACUGCCGCCUGCUGCAGCGACAGAUGGAGGAGCUGCAAAGCAAGCAGGGUGAUGUCACCAUGGCGACGGACAUCCCAUCAUCAGAGGUCAAAGGUCAAGAGAAGCCGGCUGACCAAGACGACGAUGAAGGCCUGACAGAAGUUAACGGUCAGCAUUUCGUGACGGAAGAUCCUGGCAGCUCAGAGAAGGUCCCAAAUGGGGGUCCGCUGUCUUCUUCUGCCGUCCUGACUAAACGCGCCUCUGGCGGUCUCAGCCCGGUUGGCGGUGCCACGCCCUCACCAGGCUACCAGUCGCCCUACCAGGCGGGCAUCAACCAGCGGUUCCACGCUGCUCGCCACAAGUUCCAAAGCUCCCCUGACCCGGAGCCUCCAAACCAGACUAUGGUCACCCCGCUCCCGUCCCAAAAAGACGCCGCCCCCGCGAGCGCCACCCCUCCGCCCGCAGAAUCCCUUCAGGUCAAGCAGUUGGCGCGCAGCACCGUCACCCAAGCCCUGUCCCGCUUCACCACCGCGCAGCAGCAGACGCCAAAACUGGCCAACAAUUCCCCCUUCGGCACGGACUACCGGUGCCUGGCGGCCCCCUUGUCGCCCGUGGUGGGCCGAGCGGCCGCCCCACAGGGGGUGCGCUCGCCCACCAUCCCCAGGGCGGAGAGGGGGAACCCUCCUCCCAUCCCACCCAAGAAGCCCGGGAUGGUCCAAGGCCCUCUCUCUCCCUCUCCUGCCUCGCAUCCCAGGUCGAGCGCUCAGUCCGGAGGCUGCGGUCUGACGUCCGGCCAGGACUCGGUCCAAGAACUGGACGUGGUCGUCUCCUAAAAAAAAAACCCUCCUCGUUAUUUCUCUGUAUUUAUUAUUACAGAUACAAGUCAUCCUUGCUUUUAUUAAUAUAAAACUGUACAUUUUUGUAAAUAUUCCGUACUUACAAGAUUAUAGAAAUAUACUUUUAUACCUAAAUGUUGACUUAUUAUUAUUGUAAUAAACAAUACAAUAUGUUAGCUAUUUUUCUGGCACUCAUUUCUGUUUGUUUUUUUGCUGGAAGGUUAAUAAAUAAAUGAAAAGAAAAUAUUAUUGUUUUGUUAUUUAUAAAUUACAUUUAAUAAGCAUUUGGUGAUAUAAUAAUUUUAUUUUCAGAAAAGUAUGUUUUAAUC